GGACCUGCCCCUCUGGCGCCCGGGCUAGAAAAGAGAGUCGAUGCCGGCGGCAGUGAUGAGUCCUAGGCGGCGCUGCCUCCUCCGCGGCGCAGAGGACCGGCUGCUGCUGGUGACCUCUUUGCAGAUGUAUUUCUGUCAUUGAACAUUGGCCCGUUUGAAGGCACAAGGGUCACUUAGCCCUCAGUAUGUCCAAAUACAAACUGAUUAUGUUAAGACAUGGAGAGGGUGCUUGGAAUAAAGAGAAUCGAUUUUGUAGCUGGGUGGAUCAGAAACUUAACAGUGAAGGAUUGGAGGAAGCUAGGAACUGUGGGAAGCAACUCAGAGCGCUAAACUUUGAGUGUGAUCUUGUAUUCACGUCCAUCCUUAAUCGGUCCAUCCACACAGCCUGGCUGAUCCUGGAAGAGCUGGGGCAGGAGUGGGUUCCUGUGGAAAGCUCCUGGCGUCUGAAUGAGCGUCACUAUGGAGCCUUGAUUGGUCUCAAUAGGGAGAAAAUGGCCUUGAAUCAUGGCGAAGAACAAGUGAGGCUCUGGAGAAGAAGCUACAAUGUGACCCCGCCACCCAUCGAUGAGUCUCAUCCUUACUACCACGAAAUCUACAAUGACCGGAGGUAUAAAGUGUGCGACGUACCUGUGGAUCAACUGCCACGAUCUGAAAGCUUGAAGGAUGUUCUGGAGAGGCUCCUCCCGUUUUGGAGGGAAAGGAUUGCUCCUGAAGUCUUAAGUGGCAAAACCAUUCUGAUAUCUGCUCAUGGAAAUAGCUGUAGGGCACUUCUGAAACAUCUGGAAGGUAUCUCAGAUGAAGACAUUAUCAACAUUACUCUUCCUACUGGCGUCCCCAUCCUCCUGGAACUGGAUGGGAACCUGCAUGCUGUUGGGCCUCACCAGUUCCUGGGUGACCAGGAGGCCAUCCAGGCAGCCAUUAAGAAAGUAGACGAUCAAGGAAAAGUGAAAAAAGCUGAAAAAUAAAGUCUUUCCCAAGUACUGGCUAGGAAUAGCUGCAAAAAGAAGUGAA